AUGCUGAGACAUCGUGACACAGACAGCGAGCUGGGCGCAUUGUACCUAGUGCCCAACCGAGAGGGCACGGGCAAGACGCUUGUGCGGCGCCCGAACCCGCCGCCGACGUCGCCGCCGCUGGACGACGACUUCGAUGCGAUGACCCAGGCGGGAACGACGACGCGCGGCGCGCAGACGGAGUGGGGCACACACCUGCGCGAGUCCCGGGCGUUCACGGCGACGCCGCUGGGGAGCGACUUUGACGCUUGUACUUACACAGCAGCCCCGGGAGAGACGCGCUCAGAGUGGCAAAUGGCCAUGGGGCAGGCGAAUGCGACUCGGGGAACGCCGCAGGCUAGUCCGAGGAAGGGCCCUGGGUCGUCGAGUACGCGGGUUCUGGCGGGCGAGGGGCGGCAGACUCCGUCGCGCGCGGGGUCAGUUGCGCGCCAUGUUACCGGGCGCAGUGGUAGCGAGUGGGGCCAGUCGCAGGACGGAUGGCCUCAGGGACCUCCCCGCGGCGCGGUCGUUCGGCGAAGCCCGACCACGACGAGCCGCGCGAGCAGCAAGCGCCUACCUAAUCCGCCUUCGGAGCGCGAUUGGCCGCCGCCCGUGCGUCGCGAGACAGAGAUCAUCCAGGGGAACACCGAGUUUUCGAUGGUCCGGCGGCGCGUCCUAGAGGAUAGCCCACAGAAAACGGUGACUAUUUCGACAUGGCGCGAGCAAGUGGCGGAGGAGGCGGCGCAGGCAACUGAGCCAGAGCCGGAGAUGAGCGUCUACUUUGUUGGCGCAGACGACUAUCCGGAGUCAGUCGCGCCGGUUCCGGGGAGCACGCGUGUAAUCGAGGAGGUGCGGGGGCUUGGGAUGGAUAGCAGCGCAAGGAGUGCUUCUCCUCCAAUGCUGCCGCAAGGAACUACGCCGCCCAGGAAGGCAUCGUACGGCUCUAGGGCAGAUAGUCGAAGGACCGGCACUUCGUCCUCGCCGCGGUCGCUUCCAAGCCCUCCGCCACGAACUUCGACGCCGAAUGGCGUGAACAGCCCUACUGCCCAGCUGAACCGACGAUACACACAUAGCCGCCGGGGAUCCAGCCCCAAUCGGCGUAUUCUAUCCUCUUUGUUCCACCCCACGCAGUCGGGAGCGACCAUCAGUUCCAUCAAGACUCCUGAGGGCGCUUUUGAUCGCGUACUUGAUUCGUGCGAGCCUUCUCUACUGCACAUCGCGCCAGUUUUGGAAAGUCUGGGGAUGACGAGCGAGGAGCACCUUCGAGCGGUUGCGCGCUUAUCCGAGGACACGAGAGACAAGGAAAUUAGGGAGGAGGCGCUGAGGAUGGGUGUAACGAUCGUUGAAUGGGCUAUCCUGAUUGACAAGCUGCAGACCUUCUAUGGGAAAGUAGCAGGGCUACGCAAUAGACUCACAGGGCUGCACAAAGCCGAGACCGGUCAACGCGAGGCAGCCUGCCCUCAAGCUGAUUUCCCACGUGAGCGUCGCGUCGCUGUGGCGUCGAUCAAUCUCAAGUUGAAGUUCAACUUGACCCGGAUCUUCGCUGUCCAGAUGAGCUCGCCUCACUCAGGAGGCCAGCACACCUUCUAUGUGCAGAACAAAUGCUUCGACCAUCAAUAUAUUCGCUCAACGGACCUUUCUGCCAUAGUAGAAAGGCCCGAGCGUCUUCGCGCGGUCCUCGUGGGCCUAUCGGCUGCGAACUCGCGGUUGGGGGAGCUUGUACCCUCUAGCAAAAGCUCUGAAGUCAAGCGCGAGUCCACACCAUCCGACGAGCUCGCCGACGCUCUGGCCCGCCUCGACAUCAGCCCAAACAAAGAUAGUGGCAAGGGAGACAACCAAGCUUGGAGCAUUCGGCAUACAGAUGCGGCGGUGAAGAUGCUUGACAAUCCUGCUGUCAAGUUUGUUCAUGGCGAUAUUGACGGCGAUGUGUACCUCGAGAACCUGACCAAGUGGGCGAAGGAGAGCACGGAGAAGAUACGACAGGGAGGGUCAGAAAUUCCCGAGGGGUAUGCGCAAGGUGACCUAUAUCUGUGUCCAGAAUCUAUCGAUGCGAUGCAGGGGGCGAUGGGUACCGUCUGCGAAGCAGUCGACGAUGUCAUCGCUGGCCGCACCCGGCGCGCCUUUGCCGCAAUAAGGCCACCAGGUCAUCAUUGUGGCGAAGACACACCCUCAGGGUUUUGCUUUGUUAACAACGUCGUGGUUGGCGCUGCGCAUGCCCAUUUAAAGCACGGCGUCCGGCGCGUAGUCGUCUUCGACAUAGACCUCCAUCAUGGAAACGGAACACAGUCGCUCAUCUGGCAAAUCAACGAAGAGACCUACCGUCAAACUCUGGAAAGCGAAGCCGGCGCACCAGACGUGAAGCCAGGACCGCAAAUGUACUACUCAUCGCUGCAUGACAUACUGUCAUAUCCCUGCGAGGACGGAAAGCCCGCGCUCGUGCAAGCUGCCUCCGUCUCCAUUCGUGGAGAGCACGGACAGCAUGUCGAGAACGUACAUCUCCAAACUUGGAAGUCGCAAGAAGAGUUCGACGCGCUAUACCAGUCACAAUAUACCAGGAUCAUCCGUCGAGCCGAGGAAUUCCUCGAUAAAACGGGUGGCCCGGGAAAGGACGUGCUCGUCUUCAUCAGCUGUGGAUUUGAUGCCUGCGAGCACGAGUACGAAUCGAUGCAGCGCCACAAGCGCAACGUACCGACUUCGUUUUACUACCAGUUCGCGCGGGACGCCUGCGCGUUCAGUGACCGUUAUGCCGAUGGGAGACUGAUUAGUGUCCUCGAGGGCGGCUACGGCGACCGCGCUCUCAUCAGCGGCUCACUUGCGCACCUCUGCGGUCUAUCCGAUCUACCAGGCGUCCGUCCCGAAUGGUGGAACGUAGACAACCUCGUGAAGCUCGAAAAAGCCAUCAAAAAGCGCCGCGGCGGACGCGCAUCCCUCGCCACCCCCGAGCCCUGGCUCGACCGCGCCACCGCAAACUUCGACGCGCUCAAGGAGCGGAUCCCGCAGCUGAGCGAGAAGGGGAAGACGAGCAAGGCGCCGAUCCCGCCUCGAUCGAUGCAGCUUAGGCAGAGGAAGAAACCGGGGGAUCCGGUGUCGCCGCCGACAUCGAGACCUGCAUCGAGGCCUUCGUCCGCAGCUGCGUCGCCUGCGGCUGCUGGUAGGAAGAAGCAUCCCGCAGAGUCGACGACGUCGGAGUCGUCGUUGACCGAGAGUGAGGAGGAGACGCCGAAGCCCACUGCAGAUGCGAGUGCCGCCAAGAAGCUGCCGCGCGUGGUCCUGAAGCUUGGGCCGCGGCCACAGGAGUGA